CUUUGUCUGCUGUAAUUUGUUUCAGAAAUUUCAAUAUAUUUGUAGGCAAAAUGAACAGUACACUUUUUUUGCAUCUUGGAAUUCAAUUAAAUUUUGUGUGUGUUUUUUUAGGAUAUUUUAGGAAUGUGAUUCAUUGCUGGCAAUGUUGUUGCUACAUAAACAAAUCAGACACAUAAUGUAAGACUGACAACCUUUAUUUGUGCAGAAUUUGAAUCAUACAGUAAGAUCUGAUUUGAUUCCCCCCCGCCUCCCUCACAGAUUUCUUCUCUUUGUAUUUCUUCUGUUUGUGCCUUUGAUCACACGGAAAUGUCUCAGCUGAUCAAACACAUUUUACCGUCACGUGAACAUAACCUGAAGAAACACGUGAGGCAAUUUUCAAAUGAUUUCACUGAAAUUUAUCCAAACCUUCCAGAACAAAUUGCUCCCUUCGUCAAAUAGCUGCUAGUUGCAGCCUUGGCAUCAACAACUAACAUCAAGUGUUUACAGUAACUGGUAACAAACCUUUUGUUUUGGUGUGGGGAGGAUUUUUUUUGCCAGCUCUUCUUUGCAUAAGUGGUUCAGUUCAGUCUCAUUGGAGAGUUUUUGACCUUUAACUGUCUGGUCAACUUCUUGGUGGUAUUCAAGUCCAGGAUCUGGCCGUGUUUUCAAUACAAAUGUAUGCAAAACUUUGUCAAAAUUCCACUAAUGUUGAACCCCCCGCCCCCACACACACAAUUUCGCAAUUGCAAUGUUUCAGUUAAAUAACAAACGCAAUUAAAACCAAAUGGAAGUAAGUUUGUUCAUGCGUCAAUCAUUGCAAAACCAUCAUCCUCCAUCUACUUCCUGUUGUCUUCUUCGUCUUUUUACCCCCCAAUAGUAAGAUCUGAUUGUUGAUCACAUGACAGCUGGGGUGAAAGAAAGUAUUCUUGAUGCAGUUUUUCAGAUUACACUAACUGUAAUACAGUCAAAAACACACCUCAUCCUAGCACAAAAAACUUUUUAUUGAAAAGCUUUUUUUUUUUCUUGAAAUUGCCGUUAUUAGCAGCAGUAUUUUGCUUGUAGUAUGAAGCAAAAAAUUUUUUUGUAAUUCUAAUUUGCGCAAUGAAAAUGUUCUACCAUACGAUGUCAUUGUUUUACGCUAGAUGUAACGGGAUUUACGCCUUCAAAAAAUAAAAAAAAGUGGAACAUUUUGGCAAAUGUGAGUCAGGCCUUUGGGAAUUUUUGUUCAGAAGGCGGUUUUGCAUUGGAAAUGUCCCACAGAUGCCAUUUUUGUCUUUUUCUUCUUGUUAUAUUGCAAAGACUGACCAUGACCAAGUGAGUUUUGCAGCACCGCUGUUUCAUGUUUUUUCCACUUGUGGAAAUGGCUUUUCACGAGGCUCACAGGAUUCCUAGAGUCUUAGAAAUGACAGGUGGAUGUCCGUAACUUUUUCUUGUCCCUUCUUGUUCUUCUUAACUGAGAUCUGAGAAUUUUUUUUAGCCAAUGUCCUGUUGUCAGGCAGGUUACAUUUUAACCAAACUAUUGAACAUUUAAAAAAUGAUCACUAAUUAAAAUUCUGCGACUAAUAUAUUCAGUCAUAAAUCAUUCAGAGCCAAACAGACCUGCCAUUUGUUCUGUUAAUAUGAAACAGCACAUUUCACUCAAGAAGUGAUGCAGUCUUACCAAAAACCUGCCAUCACGGAGGCAGAGCUACAAAAAUAAAUUAAUGAAAAGACCAGAUAAGACGAAUAAGAUGAUUACAUUUUAGCCAUCACCUCUUAAGAACAUUGUAAAACGGACUUCAUUGGAGUUUCUUCUUCAAAAGGUAACAUUCAGGCAAGAAAUAAUGUCUGAUUCUGUAAUAGAUUGGAGUUACAUAGCUGAAAUAUAGUUAUUUUUGCACGCAACCAUUCAAAAGCAACGUUGCAUUAAGAAAUUGCGUUGCAAUAAAUGGCAGUAAGUCCAGCGGAGAGACAAAACAGGUUGUUAGUUUAGGAGCAGAGAAGACAUUUUGUAAGGGCCGGUCUCUGUAGGAUGGAGGAGCGGGAGGUGAGAUGAAAAGGUGAGGACUGAUUGUCUUCUGCAAUACCUGUAGAUUUAGGUUUGCUUGUUGUCUGAAGUAAAAUAAAAGAACUUAAUCAACACGUACGAGUCAGUCAAAGGACGCAACGAAGCCGUUAUUGAAUUUUCAGGAGGCUUUGCUGUUUCACACUCAACAAUUGAUUCCACCUGCUGCGGGAUUGCUCUCUCACUGUGAAUGUCACGGUGCCCUGUCUUUCCCGAGGACCUUUUCAUUCAGAAAACGUGAGCUAGACCAAAGACAUAACAGAUCAUCCAUCCAAUGUGUAACACAGAGCUACCUCCCCCAGUUUCGGUGUCUCUUUUCACACCCCAGGUACCGCAAUGACUGAGAACCCGGCCUAUAACACCACCUCAGAGGACCUGAUCCUUUCCGGUGCUCCGGUGUUGCAGAACAAGCCUUGGCCUCAGCAGAACAUCACUUAUGUGGAUUUCUACCUCCACAAACCCGGCGUGGCUGCGGUCUUCACCGUUUCCUACCUGCUCAUCUUUGCUGUGUGCAUGGUCGGCAACGGGGUGGUGUGCUUCAUCGUGCUGCGCAGCAGGAACAUGCGCACCGUCACCAAUCUGUUUAUCCUCAACCUGGCCAUCAGCGACCUCCUGGUGGGCAUCUUCUGCAUGCCAACCACACUUCUGGACAACAUUAUAACAGGAUGGCCUUUCGGUAGCAUUGUGUGUAAACUGAGUGGGAUGGUUCAAGGGAUAUCUGUGUCGGCAUCUGUAUUCACCCUCGUUGCCAUCGCUGUUGACAGGUUCCGCUGCAUUGUCUACCCUUUCAAGCAGAAGCUGACCAUCGCCACCUCAAAGCUAAUCAUCGUCAUCAUUUGGGUCCUGGCUGUGUUCAUCAUGUUUCCGUCGGGGGUCAUGCUCCAGGUCACAAAGGAGCAGACGGUCCGGAUAGUCCUCGGUCCCAACAGCGACACUCGUCCGUUCUACUGGUGCCGGGAGAACUGGCCCAGUCAGGAGAUGAGGAAGGUCUACACCACGGUUCUCUUCACCAACAUCUACCUCGCCCCGCUAAGUCUGAUUGUCAUCAUGUACGCUCGCAUCGGCUUCACCCUCUUUAAGACCACCCUACCUCCAGUUAGGGGCAGUGGGAGCGCCCAACUAGAGGGCAGUGGCAACAACAAACUGAGUGUGGACGGGCGUCAGACCAUCACGCGGAAGAAGAAGCGAGUGAUAAUGAUGCUCCUGGUCGUGGCUUUGCUUUUCAUCGUGUCCUGGCUGCCUCUCUGGACCCUCAUGAUGCUGAGUGACUACGCCAGCUUGACGGAGCACCAGUACCGCGUCAUUAACAUCUACAUGUACCCGUUUGCUCACUGGCUGGCCUUCUUCAACAGCAGCAUCAACCCCAUCAUCUACGGCUUCUUCAACGAGAACUUCCGCAAGGGCUUCCAGGCAGCUUUUAAGUUCCAGCUGUGCUCCGCUGACGUCCUGCGCCAAAGGACCCUCUCCCACCGGAUCAGGGGGAACGCCGUGCUCCCGGUCCACCCGACGGUGCCGAGCAGACCGGCGUCCAGAGCCGGGUCGCUGUUCAUGGGCAACGGAACGUGUCAGGAGGGAAACGACGUCAGAGAGCAGGAUCUGAUCAUGGAGGAUUUGGAAAAAGUUUCACAGAUUUAGACAGACUGAGGUGUUUCAUGGCCUGAGCAUGUUUCGUAAAGAUCUAAGCUCCUUUCAUGUCUGCUGUUAAUGAAUGUAACCCGACGUUAUGUUAAAUGAAGAUAGCUUCAGUUGUUAUUGUGACACAUUGUUCACAUCUGACACGCAUAAAAUGAAUCCCAGAAAUAAUGUGUCAA